AUGCCAACAGAAUUAAAUUCUUCAUCAAGUUCUGAAGAGCAACAAUUUGGCCUCAAUCAAAUUAAUAAAAUACCUGAAUAUUAUUCUACUGAAAGGGCAUUUUUUAAUUUUGAAGCAAAUUCAUUUGAACGAACAUAUCCAUAUGUAUAUGAUGGUUCGAAUUGGCAAAUUUCUUUGCCAAACAUGAAUUCUGACAGCAAAGUCAUGUCAUCAUUGUUAGCUGCUCGUAAGUUUGUUGUUCGGAUUGGCAUUCUAUAUGAACAUAAAUCAACUACAAAGAUGUUUUAUGGAAGUGGUUUUUUACUUACUGAUCGUUUCGUAUUGACAUGUGCACAUAAUUUCGAUGUUGUUGAAUGGGGAAAAGAAAAAGUUCCACAUAGUAAAAUUAACAUUUGUUGCUGUGAUCCAGCUAAUGAAUCAUUAUUUUCGUUAUCAAAUCCAAGUCCAUUAUUAAUUGAAGCAAAACUAAUUUGUCGUGGAUUAUACAAAGACAAAAUGUCUGAUUAUGAUUAUACACAAUCCUCAACAACUGAUCUUGCUUUACUUGAGUUAAGUAAACCAGCAACACAUUUAGAAAAAAAUGAAUGUUUUAAUCCGAAGCUAACUUCAUCAUCGUUCUUAUCGAAUAGUUAUCCAAUUAACUCAAAAUUAUAUCUAAUUGGCUAUAAUGGUGAAUUACAAGAUAUUGAUGAUUUAAUGCCUUAUAAAUAUUUAAAUGAUUUUAAUAAUUUAUCAGUCGAUAAAUUGAAUCUAUACCACAACGUCAAUGACAAAUCUGUCUCUGUGGGGCGUUUAAUAAAUUCAUUGAUAACAGACCAAUAUAGUGCACAUAAUUGCACCACAUUACCAGGAUCGAGCGGCUCUUUAAUGAUUGAUCCUACCGGAAAAUUUAUUGGCGUGCAUAUAGGCGUCACUAAUUCACGUAGAGGAAAAACAGAUGAAAUCUUUUUUACUAAAGAAACGUUCAACAAAUUCAUACCAAUUUAUUCAAAAGAAUUUCGUGCCUUUAUUGAUGAAACAAUCUUAUCAACUAUUCAUAAUGAUACAUUAUCAAAAAAUUGGAAAUAUGUUUCAACUCAAGAUAUGGACGAUUAA